CUCGCCGCCGCCACUCGCCCCCGCCGCACUGGAUUUACCGCCCGCCGCGGCCCCGCGCCUUGGCCCCAUGCGGGGCACCGGCAUCAGCGGCUAGAAGGGGACCUGGAUGGCCGUGGCUGAAGGCGGCUGGUGCGCGGUGAAGCGGUGCGCUACGGACGCCGGCGAUUCCUCUUGCCCCUUCGCGACCAGGGAGCCGCGCCCGUCUCCUCCUUCGCCCUCCUCCUCCUCCGGCUCUCAGGGUGAACGCGGCUCCUCCAAGACUCCUCGGCCGGAGACCGACGACAGCCACCGGCCGGCCCCGCCGCCGCCCCCCGCCGCCGAGGGCAGGUCGCUGCUCGCCCCCUACGUGCACUUCGGGACCCCGCACUCGUCCGGCCGUCCCAGCUGGGAGGACAUCCUGCUCUUCGCGGACUUAGACCAAACCAACAAGCUGAUCUGGUCCAGCCGCGGCCCCAAGCUGAGCGCCCUCGGCGCCGAGCAGCCCGAGGAGAUGUACCAGACCCUCGCCAUCUCGGCCGCCCAGGGUCCCACGCCUUACGACGGAUCUCCGGGCGGCUUCAUGCACUCCACGCCCAGCUCGCCCGUCUACGUGCCCACGACCCGCGUGGGCUCCAUGCUGCCCACACUGCCGUACCUGCAGGGCAGCGGGGCGGCCCAGCCCAGCCACCCGGGCGGUGGCCACGCCGUGUGGUCCCAGCCGGCCGCGGAAAGCCCCUCGUACAGCACCGGCGGCGGCUCCCACCCCUCGGGCCGCUUCCCCUAUUCCCCAAGCCCGCCGGUGGCCAACGGGGCCUCCCGGGAGCCCGGCGCCUACAGCAACAGCCUGGGCGCCAGGGACCAGUACAGCCCCUUGGCCCGGCCGCUCAAUGGCUCCUACCCGGGGCCCUACACGUCCUACGUGGGGCCGCAGCUCGCCCCUGCCUGGCCCACGGCGCCCUUCGAGAACUCCAUGCUGCACUGCCUCCAGGGCCGGGCCGCCCCCAUCCCCGUCCGGGCACCCAGCGCAGAGCUGCUGGAGGACCUGUCCGAGAGCCGGGAGUGUGUCAACUGCGGCUCCAUCCAGACCCCGCUGUGGAGGAGGGACGGCACCGGCAACUACCUGUGCAACGCCUGCGGGCUCUACACCAAAAUGAACGGCCUCAGCCGGCCCCUCAUCAAGCCCCAAAAGAGAGUGCCCUCAUCGCGGCGGAUGGGCUUGUCCUGUGCCAACUGCCACACUACGACCACCACCCUGUGGCGCAGGAACGCCGAGGGGGAGCCCGUCUGCAAUGCCUGUGGCCUCUACAUGAAGCUCCAUGGGGUUCCUCGGCCCCUUGCUAUGAAAAAAGAAGGAAUUCAGACGAGGAAGCGAAAACCUAAGAAUAUAAAUAAAUCAAAGGCAUGCUCUGGUAACAGUACUACUGCAGUUCCCAUGACUCCGACAUCCACAUCUUCUACUAACUCAGAUGACUGUAGCAAAACUGCUUCUCCCAGUGCACAGACUGCAGCCUCUGGGAUUUACGCUGAGAUCUUCCACAUCCUCCCAGCCCUACGUCAGCUCUAACUCCCCUUAUGGUCAGGAGUGAAACUCCUCACAUCUCAGUGGCAGAGGGCAGGCAGUGCUCAAGCACCCAGAAAACAGCUGCUGGCUGAUACCCUCUGUGUGUGCAGUGAUUUGCAUGUCCACAACAGUCCCGGGCAGCCUUGCACCCGGUGCUACUCCAGUCGGAGCGACAGCCCUGCUUGAGGAGGUGUGACUUUUGAUUUAGCUGCCUGGACAGAAAUGGUAAGUUACUGACUGAAGCUGCUGCUACCCAGAUUCCUCUCCAAGUUGUUCUCUGGACUGCUGACUGCAAACACCCAUGCAUAAAGCAUGGCUUGGUGGUCACCCUUCUUCCCAAGCUCAUCAAUUUUUUCCCUGUAAAAUUUUGCUCACAUGUGAGGCUGUUUUAACAUUUUAACUGUUUUAACAUUUUUCACUCCUUCGUGGAAACCAGGUAAAUGUCAUAUGCCAGCUACACUCAGAGGUGACAUCUCCUAUGGAACUUCCCUGUCAUGGUAAGCUCUGGGCAGCAGAACGAACCCACGGCCACCGGAGGCAGCAAAAUGCCCCAAAACUGGCUCUGGGGCUGUUUCCUACUAAACUGAAAUCUCCUCUUGCUGCUUCACAGCAUGGCUCUCCAGGUGUGAACAACCUGGCACGUUAAGGCAAGCUGGCAAAAAGUGAGGUCUGAUGCAAGCGCGACACACCGCUGCUUCUCCAUGGGGUAUGCCAGAACAGUCGGGUGGGAAUUUAGACUUAAACUUAGCUUUCACUAGUUUUCAAUGACUUAUGGUGAUUUUAACGACAAUUUGUUCGAUUUGAACUUAUCAUUUCCUGGGUGUUCAUUUCGAGAAGCAUGAGAAUCACUCUUCUGAGGAAGAUGGAACACAUGUUUUUAUAAAUGGCACUUGAGGAUGGCGCAUGACAGCCACUUUUCCUCCCUCCUGCAUCAGCUUCCCUCUGUGGUCUCAAUGAUGGCAACUUAAUGCUUGUUAAAAUAUUUUUUCCUGGAUCGUUCCAAAUGCUGUUUCCCAGGGGAAGAAAUACUAAAAUAAAUAAAAAAUGCAAUUUUAAAAAACCAACAUUUUCAGGCAAACAAACACUAAAAUCUGCCACAUUCGAUUACGCAGACAAUGGAAAUGAUACAAAAGUUUAAACUUAAUUUUAAGCAAAAAAGUAGUCCUGUAGAAGGGCUGUAAGCUGUAAAACAACAGGGUAUUUCACACUGUAGCCAGUCCAGGUCCAAGUGGAAUUAUUUGCAAGGGGUAUGAAAUGCCUCUGCAGCUAGAAUGAGAGUUUUUUUAUCACAGCAGAAUCCAGGCAAUAGUCCUCCAUCAUUAAGUUUUUCUAAAUUCUCACAAACAAUUUCACUGCGAGUACAAUACAACCUUGAGAGCAGUCCUGGAAGAAAUCCGAAUGUCCAGUUCUCAAAACAAGAUUUCAACAUGCGUCACUUCCCUCCUUGGAUUAUUUUGGCCAAGGGUGACAGGAUCAACCAGAACUCCAGGUUACAGUUCAUUAGUCCAUGACAGCUAGAUUAUCACUGUCUGCAAGUGGGGCAUUUCUGGCCAUACACAUGAGGAUCUUUUAAACAUUUCCAAGGGUACUUAUCUCGAUGCAAUUUUUUGUGCCUCUGAACAGGAAUAGAAGCAGUUAGACCUGAGCUGUAGGUGUAAUCUACUAGUUAGGAAACUGAAAUUUUAUAAAUUAUAAAUUCUGCCUCCAAUGUGAAAUUUCAGAUGUGCAAAAGAAGAUUCUUUCAAGUCCGGCCUCAGAAAUGCACUUUCAGAUAGACCUGAACAUUUCAUACAAUUUUGCUUGGUUUUGUGCUAGGCUAGGGAAUCAGAAAAAAAAAGUGCUUUAAAAUCAUCCUGAAUUAGUGAAACAAAUUAUCAGGAGUUAUCAAGAGCAUGGGUGACUGGUCACUGGGAAUGUUUUACUCUAAGAAAUGGUGAGUACUCCAUUGAUGUCAUCAGAUCAAGGCUGGACAUCUUUCUGGAAGGUUUUCUGUCAGAUGAGAAGUUAUUGAGCUCAACUUGUGAUUAUUUCUACAUCUGAAUUUGGAAUGGUUGACAAGGAACCUGAAAAUGUGAUGAUGAUAUGUGAAAGCAGUUUAGUGGGGUUCCUUUUUUCAUCUCCCAGUGUAAUAGUAUGAUUCUGGGCCGGAGAAUGAAUUGAGUGUUGCCUGAAGUGUGGCUGAGUCAGUACAGCUCUCCACUUGCUCUCAGCACUGCAUUGACUCAGUAGUGCUGACAGCAGUAAAAAACUCGUUUAUUGAUUGUCAAUGAAGUAUCAUUUGAAAAUGCAGUCUUCAAACACAAGAGUAAAAAGAUGAUUCUACAUCAUCAUCAGUCUGGCUAUCACCAUGUGUAGCUGCACCGAGCUGAUCCAAUUGUCUCUUCUGUUGUUGUUAAAGAGGUUUUAUUUUUAAGGAAAACUAUUCCCAUCUAAGAAGACCUAAAUAGCAUCCUGGAAAAGAAAAUGUUGACUCAGAUAAGGAAAAGACUGCUGGAAGCAUCGGGGAAAGUAAAUUCUGUCUUUUAUUUAACUCUUUCAUCCACAUUCCCCUGGAAAAUAUGUGAAGAUGAGAAGAAGAAUACGAGCAAUAUACAGAAAAUUACAAAAAAGUGAAAAGAGAAACAGAAGUGUUUUGUGUACCUUGAAAUGUAGGAAGAAAUAAAUUUUUUACCCCCCAUUAUCCCCAGGCAUUACUCUGCAAAAACAAUACAAAAACAUUUCAGCAUGUGCUAGCAAUGACUGUGUAGGACUGACCCCCCCACUGAAAGCCAAAGCAGUGUCUGGCACUCAGAUAAGACACAACAAGUCCUAAUUUGAAGGCAGCCUUUUACAAAGGAUGAAUUCUACUGUCCAAAUAGAUUCGGUGUCCCUAUCUAUGACCCUAUCUAUGUCCCUAUAUAUGACACUGUAGUGUCAUCUUAGCAGCAGUGUUAUGUCUGAAGAUGCUCUUUCCUAGUUUUGGGUGCAUGUCACCCUGGUGCAUAUCACCAGGUUUGUCGUGGGGCCCACUGGGCUAGGUACAGUGCAAACUAUACCAACAAGGCAAAGCUUUGCUUGCAGGGUUUUAAUGGCCUUUACAUUUACACAGUUUUAAAUAUGCAGACAGCUUGGAAGAAUGGCAUUUGCUCUUAGUGUCAUUUUCUGUAACAGCAGGGCAAGUCAGUAUUCAAUGACAGAAUAAAAAGCUGCAGAGUUAGACAAUGGGCAACACAUGGACUUCGUUUUAGUUGGUAUAACUCCAAAACUUUAUUCCAGAAGUUUCUGACUUCUUCCAGUCUUAGUGGUUCAUGCUGACAAAUGUACUUGGCACAGGGUUAAGAGAUGUGAUUUAGAGUCACACCUCUGUUACCAGGUCUCCGAGCACAUCAGCUGUCAUAGGUGGAUUCAUUUCUUCAUUUCCCUGAUGCAGACAGGCUAUAAGAGCAAGAUAGAACCCUGGGUUUAGCUCCACUGAAAGAAGUGACCCAGACUUUUGUUGUCAAAAGCACAGAAGCUGCAUGGGCUGUCUGACUUCAGGCAGAGGAACUCACCACAUGCACCAGAAGCAUUCAGAGCAGUACAGAACUAUCACAACAAGCCAGGUUUCCAGGGGAGAUUUAAUGGAUCUGUUGAUUCUAAGGAGGUCUCAGCCUAGUCCUUCUUCACUGCUUCGUAGCACAUUGUGACAGCCCACAGGACUGCCCAUGCUUCUCAAAUUGUGUGUUUUGUCCAUGGUCUUUGCAAAUUCUGCCAUCACCCCUGCCCAGAAGAGCAUUACCAGUUAGGUGAUUACCUAAAGGCAGCGGCAGGGUUUGUCUUGUCUUCCAUUUAUUGCUGCUGUGAUUCUACACACUCAAAGGGGUGUUUGUGGAUGAACUGGACAUGCACAGACCAUGUUAAUUCAUGGGGAUUUGGGGAGUUUGUAUGUCUGAAUGGAGUCAGAAAACUCAAAAUCUGGGGUCCAGUCAUCAUUUCAUGGAUGGAAAAUACAUUUUAAAUUUCAAGUGUAAUCUAAUACUCUAAUGUAGCUUUCAGAACCAUGUUAACAUAAAGCCCAUGUGUAUGUACUGCUAGGGUAACACUCUUUACACAGCAUUUAUGACUGUGCCUAUAUUUUAGAGCAUGAUGGGAAAUUACUGACUGCCUCCGGUUCUCAUUUCCAUCGCUGGGAAUGUGUGUGGAGAUCCCAGUGCAUUCAAAGGACACUGCAUGAGAUCCCAACACACUCAAUGGAUGUUGCAUGAGAGCUACACAAUGGAGCCACCUCACAAAACAAGGCCAGGGUGCUGCUUGAUCUUAGUCCUCUCCUGAACUAAUUUUUCUCUUUUUUUUUAAUGUUUCUCCUCCCACAGCUUUGCCCUCUUUGCCUUCUGAACUCUUACAGAUACUUAAACAUUGCCUUUGGUACUGAAACUGCGCCCUGAUCUUAUGUGAAAAAGAAGGGUAACCCUCUGAAGGAAUAACCUAAUUGUAGCACCAGAUAAAUUAGAAAUGCUCACUGCUGUCAUUUAGCAAAGCCAUGUGCAGACAGCGAAUUUUCACAGCUAUUAAAAAAAAUGUGCUAUUCAGUGCAACCUUGCCAUCUGGCUCCUAGUGCUGGAUUCCACUACAGUGUGCUUCUUGAGAUUACACUCAUCUGCCAACCUCCCCCUCGCCUCCCAAAGCACUUAGGAAAAACUCUUCUGGGAACACAAAGUGAAUUGUUUUAUUCCAAUCACCAUGCAGCUAACUAUACAUGGUAAUUAAACAAGGAGACAUUCUCCUUCUGCCAUUGGAGGCAAAGAUUUUCUUGGUAGUCUUAAAUAAUGAGUGCUCAUUGGGAAAAUGAAAAGAUGUUUACUGAAUAAACUGGUAUAUGUUAUCAUGCUGAUGGCCAGGCAAAGAUAAUCAAGUAUAAAACAGAAAACAAAGGUAAAAUAUUCAAAGCUGAGGCUUCUUAUGCCACCUUUAUUAGAUGCAGUUGUUCCAGAUGAUCACAAGCAUCUUUAAGCACAGGAGAGAGAGGGAAUGUUUACCUCUGAUUUAAACAGCUAUGAAGCCAGCACAUUGCACUGGGAAUGACUGUGCUUUGAGGGAGACCUCACCUCCUAGGGACAAUGGAGUAGCUUUAAUAAUCCCUGCGGCCUCAGUAAACAGUGACUUCAGUAUAAAAGUUUGCAGGAUGAAGCCCUAAGAAGGGGCAAGGUGGGGAGCUUUCCUGUGCAGCUCCCGUUGUGUGUCUGGGAAAUACCAGCAUUCAGGCAGGGGAAAGUGCUCUUGCUUGUACCAAGCACCGCUGACUUCAGCUGUGGGAGACCUGCAGAGUGCAAACCUCCCCAGGGGCACCCACUCACUUGGCAGCUGCCCUCUCCUGUCUGCAGUCCCAAAUGACUCAUGCUCUCCUCACGCCCUCUCUGCUGCCUCCUCGAUACUCCCUCCAGGCUCCAGACAGUUUGCUGAGCUAGAAAUUCCCAACAACACACCAUGGUUCAUGGAGUUCUGACCCCAAAACUGAAAUUCCCAGAUGGCUCAAGCUCUUCUUUUUUCUAACCUGAAGGUUUAGCUCCCUGAUGACUCAAAUGCACCCAGUCUUUUUUUAGCAUGCAUUUGAAAAGCUUUGAUAAUUUUCAUUCACCUGCAGCUCCUGUCUCAAUAUCAGGACUGCCAGCUGUAAAUGACAAAAAACAACGUAAUUCACAUGCUCCUAGUUCUGUUUCACUCUGUAGUCAUGAUGCUUACUUGAAGAAUAGAAUUACCUUUUAAUUUAGUGUUUUGGAGCCUUAGAAUAAACCAAAGCUAUGCUUCCAGGACCCUAAAAACCCAAACAAGCCCCAAAUCAAAGAAACCAAAGAUUUCGAAAAAUUCCCAGUACUCCUGGAGCUUAGUAUUUGGUUAACCAUUCAGUUAACAGGAAAUUUGAAAUUUCUCCUUAGUUCAGCUGCUUCCCCUUCAAGCUUAAAACUACAUCAUGAUUUGGGAUUGCAACUUGAAUCUAAAAUUUUAUGACUCCCCGCUGCUUUCUUGGUGGUCUUCCAAAGUUUUCUGGACCUAAAAUUUCUUAUGUACAGCUCCUAAUGGAGGAAUUCCUCACUGAGUCCUAAACUCUUGCUUGGAUUCUCAGUUGUCUCCAGCUUCUGCUCUCGAGACUGAAUUUAUCUUAUUUCACAAACUGAGGUCUCUACUGGCUCCUGCUCAUUGGUUGAUUUUCCUCAAUAGCUGACACUCCCCCAUGGUUUUGUACUCUACUUCCCAAUCUGCCAAGUAAUAUAUAGCAUGUUAUUCAUAACUCCAUAAAUGCGUUUUGAUAGACCAGUUCAUUCAGUAUCUUUGGUCCUGCUGAUGUCACAGAUCUGGUAGUUUGUGAGGCAAAGAGUCUUCCACUUGCUAAAACUUCAAAGUUUAAUGAUUAAAAAUGGAUUAGGAGAACUAUAUAUCCCUGAAUUAUUUUUAAACUCCCCCUUUUCUUUAUAUCCCGGAGGAUAUAAAGUUUUAUGAAUUUGUACCAGCUGUAAUUUUGGUCUCUGGUGAAAUGAACUGCCAGAGUGUGUCCAUCUUAACUUGGUGUGCUUCUAAGCUCAUUUUCAACAUCAGACUCUACCACCUUUAGCAUUCUGAGUCCUCAAGAUUGUGCUGAGAAACCACCAACUUUCAAAGUCUGCAGAAGAGAAAGCUCAAGCCUGCUUGGUGUAUUAGGGCUGGAUUUCCCCCUUUUUCAAACAACUUAGCUCCACCAGGCUUUACAGAUUCGUCCUCCAGCCCAUGGGCUGACCUCAACCACUACCAAGCCCAGCAAAAUGCAGUGAUGUGGAGUGGACCCAGGCUACAGGCAGCAACAAGGACAAAAAGCAAGGGGUAUUACUGGCUCUGGCUCCUGCUGAAGUCUACCCUCACCACUUGUACAGCUGACACUUUUCAGUGUCCCUCAGCUAGCUGUCAGCAUCACUCUCUCUGUGAUACCCCUGCCUACAUGACUAUGUCGGGGUAGAGCAGGAACUGAGAGCAGAGACUGAACUGCUGAUAGUCCAAACUUGGCCCUAGCCUGGUGCCCUAUGAUUCACUCCCACACUAUUGUUGCCUAUUAAUAAUAUGCUUUUUCCAAGACACAGAAUAUGAAUUACUCAUAGAUAAGACACUUGAAAUAAAGUCUUGUCAGCACUGUAUAUUUAGAACGUGACUGUGGGACAAAUCCAGGUCAGCCUUCCAUUCAACAUAGAGUUAACACCUGAAAGGAUUUGCUUGCUGCAGGGGACAGUACCCAGGAGUACUCACUGCCUUUCCCUCUUGCCAUACACUGACUAUCUGCACCCAUGGCUGCAGCUUCAUAUAAAAUUCCACAGCAUGGAGAACAAAGCAGACAGGUGAGAUACCAACACUUUUGAUGUUCUCAUUCUGACCAUGAACAGUGAGUUUCUUGCAGUAAGCCAGGAGUUUCAGAAGGUUACUGAUGCUUUCCUGGACUUCUGCUCACCUCUCUUCCUUCCUCCAUUGCUCUCAUAUGCCUUCCCUCCUCCUCUAGAAGGACAGAGAGGGAAACAGGACUUCUGUAUCUUCAGCACCAAAUGUCUACUGAACUGAUUUUCCCCAAAGCUUUUGUAUGGGUUGACUUUCAAAAGCAGUAUCUAAAGGAUUGUUUUUUCUUUUCAGAGGACUCUAGAAUUUCUAUCAGAAUCCUUGUCAGGGAUCACAACUCUAUUUUCAUCUCAACGUGGAGAAAUUUUCAAAUUCACUUCUUCUCUACUAACUUUUGAAUCAUGCCAAGCUGCAUCCAGGAUUAAACUGAAUUUCUGAAGAGUCUCAGAUCUGCAUAAAGUCUGUGCAUCAAGGCAAAGCGUUUGUGAGCAAAUGCAGUGCCCAUACUGGUAGAUCUUCUGGGCUGAUGGUGCAUUGAGAUUAUGGUGGAGAUGUGAAAAAAUCAGCUGGCCCUCUAGAUUGCAACUGGGGACAAAUUUCAAGUAAAGAUAGUAAAGUAUUAAUGCCAUUUAUAUAUAAAUGCAGAAAGUAAGUACCAUGAAAGGGGAACACCUAUUUAGAGUAAGCAGUAAUGCUACUCCCUAUGGCUUUCCCUGCAGUAGGACCAGACCCUGAGUAUUUCAGACUAGGCCAGCAUGAUAGGGUCGACUUCUGAGUCAUUGUUAAGUCCAGAUGUGCUGAGUGCUUGAGCCUCAGCUGAACCUCCAGGUAUGAAGUGUGUCCUGCUUCUCCUCACUUCCCAGGCUGCCUAUCCAUCUCUGUGUAUGGUUGACUUUGCCCCCAGAAAGCCCAUCAGCAGCAACCACCAGCUCUCUGCUCCCAACUUCUGGCCCUUCAGCAUCCCAUUUCUUUCCUUUAGCAUGAGCAAUGGUGACUGACCAUGACCUCACUAAGUCUUUGUACCCUGAAUAAACAUAUGGCUUCCAGGCUAGCCAAUGCAGCCUGCUGUCUUGUGGCACUGGGGACAACUCACCACUCUGCUGCUUCAGACCCAGGUGUAAAUCCUGCUGACCCAUCCCAUGUUGCAAAAACUAAUGUUAAAAGGCUUUUUUUUCAAGCAUCCCUUCACAAAGAGUCAAGGCAGAUGGUGUUCUGCUCAGCAAAGAACAUUACAUCCACAGCACUGCAUAGUUCCCCUUUGUACAUGACGAGAGAUUGACAGGCUUUUGACAUUAUGGAUUGUUAUUGUGACAACACCUAAAAAUGACAGCUUGGUUUGUAUCCCAGACAAUUUACAAACAUUAAUUGCAUGAUCAUACAAGAAUCAUGUACUGUAUUUACCAGAAAAUGUGAAGAAUCCUUCUAAGAUCAACAUGCUGUGAAUAACAGAUUCCUUCAGAAACAACCACAGAGUGUAAUAAGAGGAGUGUUUCUAACAGAAAUGCAAUCCCUGGCAAUUGUGUCAUAGAAAGUAAUGAAGCAAGGCUGGGAAACUGUCUAUUUAUGAGUGGAGUGUCUUUCCUGUGACAGUGGGAACACUGCAACUUAAAAAUAAAAACUACAUACAGAAACACCUUGCUGGAAUGUAUUUUAAUUUAACUUGAACUAAGUUGGGAAUUCAUUCCUGCUGCUU